UCCUGACCCGCGCUGCGCAAAGGCAGCUGCCUCCUCGCCCCUCGGUUCGCGUAGGUUGCUAGGCCAGCCCCGGACCCGCCCGCCUCCCUGACUGGCGUCCGCGCCUCCCAGCCAGGCCCUGCCUCUCACCUUGGCACAUCACCAGGGCGACGGGGGACUGCGGGGGCGCCGGAGCCUGGCGCGCGCUUCGCGUCGCGCGCUUCGGGUCGCGCGCUUCGGGUCGCCCUAGGCCGCUGCAGCCUGACGCAGGGCACGUCGCGGCCGGCGGGCGGCGCGGCCCGGACCUUUGCCCACGUAGGCGCGGCCGGAAGUUCCCGGGGCCGGCAACAUGGCUGCCUCCGCGUCCGGCCUCGGCGGUGGCGGCGGCGGCGGCGGCGGCGGCGGCGUGCUCUCGGGCCCCGAGGCCGGGGACUUCCUGGCGCGGUACCGGCUGGUGUCGAACAAGCUGAAGAAGCGUUUCCUGCGGAAGCCGAACGUGGCCGAGGCCGGCGAGCAGUUCGGCCAGUUGGGCCGCGAGCUGCGUGCCCAGGAGUGUCUGCCGUACGCAGCCUGGUGCCAGCUGGCCGUGGCGCGGUGCCAGCAGGCGCUCUUCCACGGGCCUGGGGAGGCGCUGGCCCUCACGGAGGCCGCGCGCCUCUUUCUGCGGCAGGAGUGCGACGCGCGUCAGCGCCUGGUGUGCCCCGCCGCCUACGGCGAGCCGCUGCAGGCGGCCGCCAGCGCCCUGGGCGCCGCCGUGCGCCUGCACCUGGAGCUGGGCCAGCCGGCCGCCGCCGCCGCUCUGUGCCUGGAGCUGGCCGCCGCCCUGCGGGACCUGGGCCAGCCGGCCGCCGCAGCCGGCCACUUUCAGCGCGCCGCCCAGCUGCAGCUGCCCCUGCUGCCCCUGGCCGCGCUGCAGGCGCUGGGCGACGCCGCCUCCUGCCAGCUUCUGGCGCGCGACUACAAUGGCGCCCUGGCGCUGUUCACGCGCAUGCAGCGCCUGGCGCGGGAGCACGGCAGCCACCCGGUGCAGCCGCCGCUCCCGCCCCCGCCACAGCAGACCCCGCUGGCCCCGGCACAGUCGCAGGCCCCGCCCCCGGGGCCCCAGCCCGGACCCGGCGCGACCCCAGCGACGUCCCCCUCGCCGCUCCCCGCCAACCCGGGCUCUGGCGCGCCCUCUCCCGUCGCCCUGGGCGCCUUCUCCGAGGUGCUGGUGCGCUGCGAGGUGUCCCGUGUGCUGCUGCUGCUGCUCCUCCAGCCACCUCCCGCCAAGCUGCUGCCCGAGCACGCCCAGACUCUGGAGAAGUACUCCUGGGAGGCUUUUGACAGCCACGGGCAGGAGAGCAGUGGCCAGCUUCCCGAGGAACUCUUUCUGCUGCUGCAGUCCUUGGUCAUGGCUACCCAUGAAAAGGACAUAGAAGCUGUCAAGUCACUGCAGGUGGAGAUGUGGCCUCUGUUGACUGCUGAGCAGAACCACCUCCUUCACCUCGUUCUGCAAGAAACCAUCUUCCCCUCAGGACAGGGGAUCUGAUAAAUCACAUUAACCAAAGACCUUUUUGCCUGGUACACAACCUCAUUCAUCCACCUUUGCACAUAGGGAGAAAUAAAAGUCUUUGAUCCAGGUUCUGCAUUUCCUGUCAUUCAUAUUGCCACCGAGGUAUUUGUGCUGCUUUGCCUAGAUUAUUUCACUUAACAUAAUGUCCCUUACCCAUAUUGCCACAAAUGACAGGAUUUCAUUGUUUUGAAGGAUGAAUAGUAUUACAUUGUGAAUUUGUACCCCAAUUUGUUUAUCCACUCAUCAGGCAAUGCAUUUGUAAGUUGAUUCGGUUUCUUGGCUAUUGUAAAUAAUGCUUUAAUAAACUUGGUAG